AUGCGAGGUGACAAUAUGAAAGAGUAUGGGACACUUAUGUUUUUAUCAUUGGCGGGAGUGAUAUUGUUGGUUUUCACUGGGAGGGUGGACGCGGAUAUUUGCACUUUAAAAGGCAAAGAAGGAGAUGUUGUGGCUGAAAUCGAUAACGGUCAUUACUUUAUGAGCUCUGAGCCGAUGUGGAUGGUAUGCAACAGCAGCGGGACAAAGGAGGAGAGAAAUAAAAUUAAGUGGUUUUGUGAUGCCUCAAAUAAUGAACAUCCCACAAGUAUCAUCAUGAAGAAACUUAGCUGGAGCAGUGAGGUAAGUAACAUAACUGUUUGCAAAACAAAAGUGCAGGAGAAGAAGGAGAACCUUGAGAAGGAGGCAGCGGAACUCCGGAAGAUGAUUGGCGACGAAGAAAAUGAGCAUAAGCGUCUUCGAGCAGAGAGUGAGGAGGCAGAUCAAGCAAAACAGGAAUGUUGGAAGGAGGUUGGAAUAGUUACUAAGGAGGACGGUAAGAUAUGGAACCUUACGAAAGAAAGUGCACGACUGGACACGCUUAUGGAAAAAGAGACAAGAGAGUGCGAAAACGGGAAGUAUGAAGCGAUGGAAGAAUACGAAUGUAAACUUGAAAAAAUGGACGAAGAAAUCAGAAAUGUGAAUAAGACAUUGGAGCUAAAGAAGCAGCAAUUGAAAAUGCUUAUGUUGAAUAAAGAGUGUCCCGCAUGUGAUGGUGAGACCUGUUGGGAUGAUGUGAAAAUAAAGGAAGAGUUGGAUAAACUAUAUGGAAGAGAUGGAUGGAUGAAUGCGGGGUCAAACGUGAAGUGUUAUCCAAAAGUAUUUAGGGAAAUCAUUAAAAAUGUUACGGAAGCAUGUAAACAGUUAUGGAAAUAA